AUCUAAGUGUGUAACAAGCAAGAUGGCGAAGUGUUUCUAUAACAACUCACAUCUGAUCCUCUCAAGUGUGUCUGAUGAAGAGCUUGGAGCCAUACAAUUGUUCCACUGCCAUGCGGAAUCACACCUGUCUUUCUCUCUCGCAUUGUGUGUCAUUUUCAUAAUACUCGGCAUUCCUGGCAACGUCAUUACCAUUGUAGCUCUUGCUUGUGAUAAAAAAGUAAGGAACGUAACAGCUGUGUUCAUAAUAAAUCUUCACAUAAGUAACCUGCUGACUUGCAUUAUAAUCUUGCCGCUAUCAGCGUCGGCUUUUGCUAAGAACCAUUGGACAUAUGGAAAAGCAAUGUGCAUCGCGUAUGCGUACAUCAGAUUCACGUUGGCUAUCUGCUCUAUCCUAAGUAUCUUAGCCAUCUCUGUCACCAGAUUCAUAUUGGUGUGCUUUCCAUUCUCCUAUAUCAAGAUUUAUAAUAGAAGAAACGUAUCAAUAAUAUUACUGCUGAUCUGGGUAACUGCCUUAACCAUAUAUACGCCAUAUUAUUUUGUAGGACUGGGCAGCUUUGGUUUAGAUUCCAACCAAGGAUUCUGUACCGUCAUAUAUGAAAAGUAUGGGGGAAUACUUUAUUUAUGUUUCGGCUAUGUACUACCUAUUACCAUUAUGAUCUUGUGUUACAUCAAAAUUUGGUGGGCAGUGACGAAAAUAAAAAGGAAAACGCAAAAUAAAAAUUUGACUUCGUGUCCUUCAAAUAACGUGACGCACAAUUUAAAUGGUACUAGAAGCACUUCAAGACCAAUUCUCAAUAGCGACUCUUCUUGUCAAGGGGACAACACAAGUAACAACAGUGCGGUCCCACCCAGCAACGAAGCAAAUACUCCCAAAGGAAGAAAUACUGUUGAAGAAAUCUUCCAAGCAACUAAAAGGCGACUAAAAGGCCCAACAAAAAGAGACAAAAGACUUUUACCCAUGAUAAUGGCUAUUAUUAUAGCUUUCAGUUUCGUUCAAUUACCUGCAAUGAUAGGCAGGCUCCUUAUAUUGGAUAAACCCAAAUAUCCUUUGACAAUGAUGAUGUUACAAAUGAUUAGUUUUUCAGAUUAUUGUAUAAAUCCUAUUAUCUAUGUGUUUAUGUCCACCGAGUAUCGACAGGCAUAUAUUAAACUUUUCAGAACAGUAAUAAUUAAACUUCGAAGAAAUCUAAAUUAGAAAGUAUAUGUAGUAUACCAAUAGUGAUAAUGCGCAUUAAAGUUUUCGUCACUGUUCGGCAACAGUCGUAUGUCGUACGUCUACAAACCUCAGAAGACCAAAUAUGAAUUGGUAUAGUGGUGUAUUUUUUCAUGCAUACUAUAGUAGAUUUAUGUGUUUGUGUACAAAACCAAGAAGGAUGUAUAGAUGCAGCUCAACCUCUUCGACAUAGAGAGAACACAUGUGAACAGUCUCCACCAUUAUACAUAUACAUAUAAAGACGACAGACGGACCUUUGUCUAGGUGGCCACCAUUUAUACAAUUAGUUUUACUAUAAAUAAUAUAACAUAGGUAGUAUAUAUAUUAUAUCUUCGAAUAUAUAUUAAUAUUUCAAAUUUAAUUUUGUAUUUUCCUACUCAGAAUUUGUAUUUAUAGCACCAAAUACACAUUUUAUAAUAGUAAUUUAUUUUUGAUUUAGACCUAAUAAUAUCUUAGACCUUAAUAACUUUUUAGGUUAUUAUAAUAGUAAAUACUUACAUACGGAGUGU